AUGGCCAAGAAAAGCACCAUGGGCCUCCGCGAAGCCGCCCUGGCCUACCGUCCCAGCUCCUCCGGCCAUCUGCCCGACCUGGUCCAGGAUCGCUCUGCUGCUCCCACACCUGCUGCAGCCCCAACCUCCAUCAACCCCGAUGACUACUCCAAGCCCUACUGCGAGUUCAUGACCGCGAACCCGACCAUCUUCCACGCCGUCGACAGCUUCACCAAGCAGCUGGAAAGCAAAGGGUACAAGCGCCUCCCGGAGCGUGACGUCUGGAAGCUCGAGCGCGGCGGCAAAUACUACACCACCCGCAACUCCAGCGCCUUCAUCGCCUUCUCCGUUGGCUCCGACUACCAGGCUGGCAACGGCAUGGCCAUUGUCGCCGGCCACAUUGACGCCCUGACUGCCAAACUCAAGCCCGUCUCCAAGCUCCCCACCAAAGCCGGCUUCGUCCAGCUCGGCGUCGCGCCCUACGCCGGAGCCCUAAACGAGACCUGGUGGGAUCGCGACCUCUCCAUCGGAGGUCGCGUCCUAGUCCGCGAUCCGUCCACUGGCAAGGUUGAAUCCAAGCUUGUGAAGCUGGACUGGCCCAUUGCCCGCAUUCCCACUCUGGCCCCGCACUUCGGCGCGCCCUCCCAGGGCCCCUUCAACAAGGAAACCCAAAUGGUCCCCAUCGUGGGCAUCGACAACUCCGACCUCUUCACCCACCAAACCCCAACCCCGACCCCCUCCUACGCCCCCGGCACCUUCGCCGCCACACAGCCCCCCAAACUCGUCAAAGUCAUCUCCAAAGAACUCAACAUCACCGACCCCAGUACCAUCCUGAACUGGGAACUCGAGCUCUACGACAGCCAGCCCGCCCAACUCGGCGGUCUAGAGAAAGACCUGAUCUUCGCCGGCCGCAUCGACGACAAACUAUGCUGCUUCGCCGCUCAAGAAGCCCUCCUCGCCUCCCCCUCCAACACCUCCCCCUCCUCCAUCAAAAUGGUAGGCAUGUUCGACGAUGAAGAAAUCGGCAGUCUUCUCCGCCAAGGCGCCCGCUCCAACUUCAUGUCCAGUAUCAUGGAACGCAUCACGGAGAACUUCGCCACCUCAUCCAACACCUACGGCCCCAACCUCCUCGCCCAAACCGUCGCAAACAGCUUCUUCGUCUCCUCCGACGUCAUCCACGCCGUCAACCCAAACUUCCUCAACGUGUACCUCGAGAACCACGCCCCGCGCCUGAACAUCGGCGUCGCCGUCUCCGCCGACUCAAACGGUCACAUGACCACCGACAGCGUCAGCCACGCAUUCAUCAAGCGCGUCGCCGAGAAAUGUGGCUCCACAUUACAGGUCUUCCAAAUCCGGAACGAUUCCCGGAGUGGUGGCACCAUCGGUCCCAUGACGAGCUCGAGGAUCGGAAUGCGCGCCAUCGAUGUGGGUAUUCCGCAGCUCAGCAUGCAUAGUAUUCGGGCGACGACCGGAAGUCAGGACCCCGGGUUGGGAGUUAAGCUGUUCAAGGGUUUCUUUGAUUACUUUGAAGAGAUUGAUCGGGAGUUUGUUGAUUUUUGA